ACUGACCGGCAGUAAAAUGGCGUGGUCGUUUCGCUGGAAGAGUGAAUACGGGUCAGGAACGUGUGUGCACGACGUCAAUAGCGCGUUAGGCUUGACAUGUAAAUAAUAAACGAGCGUAUAGUCGAUUAAAGACUGGCUCGUGCCUGUUUGUCUUUGCCGUAUCAACGCUCCACCGAGUGUCCGAUGAUAUUCCGGUGAUACGUUUCUGACAGCGUGUCCGCAAUGGCCGAUGAGUCCGCUCCGCUGCCGAAGAGGCGCCAAUUGCGGGAAAGAACUAGAAAAUUGUACACCGAUGACUGGACCUUAGGUGACGAGGAAAUCGAAGGACGUAGAACUUUUCAGCUCGACGAGAAGAUCGAAUGCGAGAGGUAUGACCUGAACAACUUCAGUGGACUCUUUCGUGAGAUGACUGGACCGGAGCUGAAUCUCAUGUAUCUGCAGAAAUAUGGUCUGCAGAUACCGUUGUUGUUUAAGGAGAAGUCAGGGCUGGGUCUACGAGUACCCAGCUCCAAUUUCUCCAUCAAUGAUGUGAGAACUUGCGUCGGUUCUAAGAGAAUACUGGAUGUUAUGGAUGUUAAUACUCAAAAGAACGAAGAUAUGACAAUGAAGGAGUGGCAAAAGUAUUACGAGGAUUCUAACAAGGAGCGUCUAUUGAAUGUGAUUUCCUUAGAGUUUAGUCAUACCAAGUUAGAGAAUUAUGUACAGUCACCUGCAUUAGUGCGACAAGUCGAUUGGGUAGACGUAAUAUGGCCAAGGCAUUUGAAAGAUGCUCAAGUGGAAUCUACAAAUCUUUUAGAAGACAUGAUGUAUCCAAAAGUGCAAAAGUACUGUUUAAUGUCGGUGAAAGGUUGUUACACAGACUUUCAUGUUGAUUUUGGUGGUACAAGUGUGUGGUAUCACAUUCUGCGUGGUGGCAAAAUAUUUUGGCUGAUUCCACCAACUGAGAAAAACUUGGCUCUUUAUCAAGAGUGGGUGUUGAGUGGUAAACAGUCGGAUGUAUUUUUCGGUGAUAUGGUAGACAGAUGUGGCAGGAUAAGUCUAACAGCUGGUAUGACGCUAUUCAUACCAACUGGUUGGAUACACGCUGUAUACACUCCUCAGGAUUCUUUGGUUUUCGGUGGGAAUUUUCUUCAUAGUUUUGGCAUAGAGAAACAAUUGAAAGUGGCGCAAGUGGAAGAGCAUACAAAAGUGCCACAGAAAUUUCGGUAUCCAUUCUUCACAGAAAUGUUAUGGUAUGUUCUUGAAAGAUACGUGCACGUACUUUUGGGUAGGACUCAUUUGGAAAUAUCCGAAUCGCAGCGGCAGCAUUCAGUUCCACAACAGCACCAGCAUAUACAUAUAACGCCGUUUGAAUUGCAUGGUUUGAAAGCGAUAGUUAUGUAUUUGCAUUCAUUGCCGUCGACGAAGAAAAACGUUCCGGAAUUGAUACGCGAUCCGGUUGCUCUUAUUCACGACGUUCGAUGUUUGGUAGAACAGCAUAGGAACGAUAAUCCAGAAGCGGCCGUAACGGGCAGUCCUGUAUUGCCGCCACCGCCACCCUUAACUAUCGCAGAUAGGGAACGCAUGAGAGUAACCAGAAAAGGUUUUGUAAAGAUGCAAAGGCAUCACUCGGAGAAAUCCGAGAGAGCGUUUCCGCGCAGGAGACGUACUAGAUGCAAGAAAUGCGAAGCAUGCACUAGACAGGAUUGUCGUGAAUGCGUUUAUUGCCAAGAUAUGGUGAAAUUCGGAGGUAGUGGUCGUGCCAAACAAACAUGUUUAAUGCGUCAGUGCCUGAGGCCUAUGCUGCCCGUUACGUCAGCUUGUAAAGUCUGUCAGUUGGAUGGCUGGAAACAACCACCGGCGCCAUUAAUGGGUAAACCUGUUCCCACGGCACCAUCUAAUUUAAUGGAAUGUUCGAUGUGUUUCGACAUCGUGCAUCCAGAAUGUAUAGGUUUGGAUUCGGAAGAAAUAACAGUGAAUGACGAUUUGCCAAACAGUUGGGAGUGUCCCCAAUGUUGCGAGCGAGGUCGAAAUUUAGAUUAUCGGCCGCGUCAGCCGAAGGCUCGCGCACGAAAAUUAUCAGUAUCCAGCGCAGCUUCUUCAGCCCCUUCUACAGAUUCUGAACGGGCUAUGACACCGAGUAAACGAUCAAGGCCUGACCCCACCGAGGCAUGGAACGAUUCGCCUGGAGAGCCAGCCGAAGGUGAGCAGAAAAUGACUCAGCAGCGCAUUCAGCUGGCUAUGCAGUUGAUCGCUUCGAGUAGUAGAUCUCUAGCGAAGGCGCACGUAGUAGUCAGGCCAGCGCCGGCGCCACCGCUACCUAUCCAGGAAACGGAUAGCGAGUCAAAGCAACAAAAUUCAGUGUUCAACAAAACGGCAAUGCUUGCGGUAUUUCGAUUCCUCGACAUAAAGGAUCUGCUUAAUUGUGCCUUGGUUUGCCGUACCUGGGCGAGAUAUAGCAUAGAUCCCGGUCUAUGGAAGAAGAUCAACAUGUCGCACUAUAAUCUAAGGUCCAUACACUUGACCGCCAUCAUCCGACGACAACCUGAGAGUCUUUCGCUUGACUGGACCAAGAUCAAUAAGAUGCAAUUAGCUUGGCUGUUGAGUAGACUACCGCAGUUACGAACAUUAUCCCUUCAGGGCUGCACUUGGUCCGGUAUUCGCGCUCUGAAAAGCUGCAGCUGUCCGCCUUUAGAAACACUUAACUUGAGUUACGUUACCUAUCUGAAUGAUGCUGUUCUGCAAGAGGUCUUAGAUUCACCGACGGACUCAAGACCCGGUCUCAUCGAUAAGACAUCGCGAUUAAAGCAUCUCAAAAAUCUGUCUUUGGCUGGAUGCGAUCUCACGGAUCGAGGAGUGAAAUACAUAAUUCAGCAUUUGUUGGAUCUCGAGACCCUGGACCUUUCUUCAAUCGGUAGACUCACUGAUUCUGGCGUAGCGCAAUUGACAUCGUUGCCAAACCUGGCAUCAUUAAACCUGGCAAACUGCAAAUUACUCACCGAAACGACUCUCGAUCAUUUGGCGAGAUGUAAGGCACUUAAACGCUUGGACCUGCGACACACCACUCAAGUAUCGACGCAAGCCGUCAUCAAGUUCGCCGCGAAGAGUGAGCACAACUUGCAUGUAACGGACGUUAAGCUGGUGGAGGAGAAAAAGAUCAAAACCGAGUUCAUAGACACGUGAAAGAACGCGGCGCUCAUAAGCGAGCUAUUGUUUAGUGCAAUCUGGUUAUCGUCGCGUAGAGAUAUCGUUCGCGAAGAAUUACAGCCAUAAUAAUACAUCAUACUACAAUCAGCGAUUAUUUAUUUUGCACAAGAGAAUUUAUAGGCAUCAUCUCACAUCAUGCGUGUAUAAUAGGGAAGACUUGACUAACACAGAUUUUUUAUUUGGAUAAUGCAGUUUUAUUUAGAUGAGAUCAAACAAAUGCAAGAACAAUUCCUUCAUGACUUACAUUUCUUCAUAAUAUUCUUUCCUUUCUAUUGCAAAUACUUGUGAUUUUCAAAUAUACUAUAUUUGAUAUUAAUAAUUUAUCUUCGUUAUGUAUUUUUACAUUGAUUCAAUCUAUUUAAUUAAACAUCAUAAAUCUUACAAAUUAUUUAAAAUAAUGUUAAAAAGUUCUCUAAUCAUAUAUUUUUUUUUUUUAGAUUCUGAAUAUCAUAUAAAGAAAUCAAUACCUCGUCAUUUUAUAUCUUUCUUUUCUUUUCUUGACUUUGUGUAGAAUUAGAUUACAAAGAUAAGAUCUAAUUUUAUCAAAACCUGGAAAAGUAUAUAGAAGUGGAUGGGAUAUUCUAUCGAAUCGUUCUAUCGAAUUGUUCAUCAGAAACAUUUUUCGCAUAGAAAGUAUUGUGGAAACCGGAUGUGCUCGAGAAUAAUUAUUUAUCUGAUACGAGUCUUUCGAACAUAUCUCAUUCAAGAAAGCAUCGCAAAAACAAGAAAACUAACUGCAAUUACAUACAGAGACACAUUUAUUCGUAAACGCGCGUCAAAUACACACACAUACACAGUGUACUAUAUCGUUUCGUAACAUUAGACAGAUGAUCUCUACAUGUCGAAAACAUCUAUGUUCCGAAUUUUAAUUUUCGAUCCAAGCUGCAACUCGUAAACAACGUCGGAUGUUCUGCGCAAAUCGAUGUACAUACAUACAUACAUAUACCUGCUUUUUAUAUAAAAAUGCACGUUUUAUCUAUCUCUUUUCCUCGCUCUUUCUUCAUUUAUCUCUUGCAAGUAUUUUACAUGUUCGAUUUUAUGUAAAAUCAACAAAGCGAUAAGCGAACUAGAUGCCAAUUUAAAUACUACCAUGCGUCCUAUAAAAUUGUUCAUUCUUUUCAUUAUGUUUCAUGUUUGUAUUAUAAUAUUUCAAAAAUGGUGAUGGUAAAUGCCAUUCUCAACUAUUUUGGUCAAGGAUAUAUUACCGCGAACGAAAAGGUCGUAUUUUUUUUUUUUUUUUUAGACAAUUCAAGUUUCAGUAAAACUUAAAGACGAAAUCGCCACACUGUAACACAUUGUAUAAUACAUGUAAUGCACAAUAGCAAUAGCCAUUUGAUUCCCAAAUAUAAUUUUGAUUUUUAAAA